UUUUUAUUUUUCCAUGAUUUUGACUUCCAAAUCUCAAAACAUCAAAAACAAAUUCAUUCCGGAAAAAAAAAGAAGAGAACUUUUUUUUUCUUCCACAAUUAUUUCACGGUUCUUUUGUUUUUGUUUUUCUCUGUAAAGGCGAAGAAGUUCUUCACCAGAAUUGUUUGUCUGUGGCUAAAUCCUCUUUCAGUGUCUCUCUGUGGAAAAAAGCAAGCAGCUUUCUCUCUCUAAUUUUUUUUUGGGUUUUUCUUUCCAGUGGAUGUGGCGAUCGCGUGUCGCAAAUUCUAGCUGAUUUUGAGAGAGGGAGAGAUUGAUUUCUGGGUUUUUCUAUUCGGGUGGAUGUGGAGGUCGUGAAUGGCAAAAUCUGGCUGAGUUUUAAUCACAGAGAGAGAGAGAGAGAGAGAGAGAGAGAGAGAGAGAGAGAGAGAGAGAGAGAUGGGAGGAUGCGUGUCGACGCCAAAGAGCUGCGUGGGAGGGAAAGUGAAAUCGAGGGGAAGUAAGAGAAGAAGGAUCCGAAAAAGAAGGAAGAUUCAGAAGAAGAAAGUUGUGUCCUCCUCUCGCUUCUCUGACGGAUCCUUCGAUAACAACAACAACAACACCGAUCCUUCUUGUCCUUCCGAUCAUCACCAUCACCAUCACCAUCAUCCUCACCAUCAUCAUCAUCCUCACUUCUAUUCUUCCUUCUCCAAUCCCACUUUCGGAGAUAGCCUCGAUGAAUGGUUCGAUUGCAAUCUCGCCUUCGAAACCGACAGUGAGGAUGAUUUUCACAGCAUUCAGGGAGAUGCAUUGUCCUUAAACGGAGCGGAGAGAGUAUCAGUCUCAAGUAUGUCGUCCACCAGAGAUUCCGAUGCCGGGAAUUCUGCUCGGCGUUCUCUUAGCGACAUUCCCAGGACUUCCAACCGCCAUUCCUCGAGCCUGGAUGAUGCCAUGUCCCAAUCCAAAUCGGAUAGUGUCUUGAACGAGGCAAAGCUGACUGUUUUCAUCGACGAAGAUAUAUCUUCGGCUGGGGAUGAAAGUUCGAGGAAGGAUGAAGGAAUAUUGGAGAACUGCGGGAUUCUCCCGAGCAACUGUUUGCCUUGUCUGAACCCGACAGUUCCUUCUGUCGAAAAGAGAAGGUCCUUGAGUUCUAGCCCUCCGAACACAAGAAAGAAAGCCGCCCUGAAACUUUCUUUCAAGUGGAAAGAAGGGCAGGGAACUGGUCCUUUGUUUUCUUCAAAAAUGCAGCUUCAGAGACCUAUUGCGGGUUCUCAGGUUCCAUUCUGUCCAAUCGAAAAGAACAUGUUUGAUUGUUGGUCAGCCAUUGAGCCAAGUAGCUUCCGGGUUCGGGGCAAAACUUAUCUCAGGGAUAAGAAGAAGGAGCUUGCACCAAACUGUGCUGCUUAUAAUCCUUUCGGGGUCGAUGUAUUCUUAACACAACAUAAAAUAAACCAUAUAGCUCAACACGUUGAGCUUCCCAUUGUUACCAUCCCCUCGGGAAAGCUACCUCCCAUUCUCGUUGUAAAUGUUCAGAUCCCGUUGUAUCCAGCAGCAAUCUUUCAGGGAGAAACUGAUGGAGAAGGGAUGAGUUUUGUUCUGUACUUCAAACUUUCAGAGAAUUACUCAAAGGAACUUCCACCUCAUUUUCAAGAAUGCAUUCGUAAACUGAUAGAGGACGAGGUGGAGAAAGUUAGAGGCUUUCCGAUGGACACGACGGCGGGAUUCAGAGAAAGGCUGAAGAUAUUAGGGAGAGUGGCGAAUGUAGAAGAUCUUCACCUGAGUACUGCAGAGAAGAAGCUGAUGCAUGCUUACAACGAAAAGCCCGUCCUCUCCCGCCCGCAGCACGAGUUCUUCCUGGGGGAGAAUUACUUGGAGAUUGACAUCGAUAUGCACAGAUUUAGUUACAUAUCGAGGAAAGGGUUCGAGGCAUUCUUAGACAGGCUUAAACUCUGUGUCCUCGACGUCGGCCUCACCAUUCAGGGGAACAAGGCGGAGGAGCUGCCGGAGCAGAUGCUGUGCUGCAUCAGGCUGAACGGCAUAGAUUACAUCAACUAUCACCAGUUAUCCAUUCAUCAACACCACCUUUGACCCUCCAUUUCCCCCUCAAAACAAUAUCCAAAUCAUCUUUUUUUUUAAAUAAUAAUAAUAAUAAUAUAUAUACACACACA